AUGCUACCGGGAGAUGUUUUGCCUGUUGAUGCGGGGCAGUACGGCUUCGUGGCGGAUACGAUGUCUCCGCUGACGUAUUUGUUGCAUCACCUUGGAGCGACGGUGGCGACGCGCGAGUUGUUGUUGGUGGUGCUGCUGUUUGUCGGUGCUGCAUUGCGUGUGUUGGUGCCUGAGAUCUUUGCGGUGAUGAAGGAACGGUUGUGGCAUUCGUCGGCUGUUUAUGUAGAACGGAGUGUGACGGUACACCUUUCGACGCUUACAGUAGGCACUGUUUCGCAUCGUAAUGCUCUUCUGCAGAACGCUAUUUUUUAUUUUCUUUACCAUAACUUUUGGCGAACCUCAUUGCCGAAGUCGGUGUGGCAUGAUAAAGUGUCGGUGCUGUUGCUGAUUGAUCCUUUACGGAGUUCGUGGGAGGAGCGCUAUGACUCCCCGUUUCGUCUCUCUUUCUGUGGUGACAGCGAUGAUGUGUUUUGUGAGGAUCCAAACUGGCGUAGCCGCAAAGAGUUGACGCGAUAUGUGUUGGUGCGGGUGCCGACAGAAGGGUCGUGGGUCGCAGUGAGCGAGGACGGCGUUGAGUUGACAUAUGAUCGUAAGCGCGAGAAUAAGGAUGGGGUUGAUGGGGUGCGGCGCACCGUUAUUUUGCGGGCUUUGGGGGCUAAAGACGCGGAUGAUCGGAUUAGACGCUUUUUGGAUGUUGCGUUGGAACACUACAUAGGCAUGCUGCCGACCGUCCUGAAUGACGGGAGGGUCUUGCUGCAGCUCCAGAGGCCCUCCGCCGAAGGGGGGGGUGCGGGUCGGGUGUUGUUCAAGCGGUACCCCCUUUCCUAUCACAAAACGUUCGACACGCUUUUUUUCCCAGAGAAGCGCCAUGUUUUAAAGGUUGUGGAUGACUUUUUGGAGAGGAAGGGACGCUUUGCGACGGAGGGAUUUCCUGUGAAACUCGGAUUUCUUCUUUAUGGUCCGCCCGGCACUGGCAAGACCUCGUUCGUGAAGGCACUUGCUGCAUACACACGACGCCACGUGAUUAGUGUGAAUUUGUCCUUUUUGAGGUCAAAUCAGGAGCUUUGUGAUAUCUUCCUCAGUCGUGAGUUUCAUUGCGUUGGGGAGUCCGAGCCCACGUUCUUUGGCGCGGAGGAUGUCAUCUUUCUCCUGGAUGACGUGGACGCGUCGAACCCGAUGGUGCGUUCGCGUGUGCGCAAGUGUCGGCCCGCCACACUGAGGACCUCUGCGAAUGCUGCGGCAACUGCCCCUGUUAACGCUGCCGGCAGCGAUGAAGAUAAUCUUGUUGCCACUCUCGACGUCGACGACGGCAAUGGUAGUACCGAGGACGGCAGCCAUAAAAGCACUGACGAUGCGGAUACUGGGUCAUACUCUGAUCGGCACGUGAAUCCUGUGAGUCGACUGAUGUUUGGCCGGCUUGGUUCUUCCUCCCCCGCUGAUUCCUUCGCCCCCUUCGCCUUGGUGAGUCGGUCUGCCGAUAAGGAGAGGACAGCAGAAAAUUCGCUGCUAAAGGUGUUGCAGUCAACCGAUGCGGCAAAUCUUUCGGGUUUACUGAACGUGCUUGAUGGCGCCGUUGACACGCCUGGCCGCAUUGUGGUCAUGAUCACAAGCCACCCCAAGCUGCUUGACCCGGCGCUGGUGCGACCUGGACGUUUUAGCUUUAAGCUGCGUCUAGACUACGUGCGACUGCCCGCGUUGCUGGACAUGCUGGGGUUGCACUUUGGGUCUAUCGACCUCGGCGAGGGUGAAGACGUAGAUGAGAAAACGUCAGUGAACUUGAUUGCAAACAGCACGUGUGCAGCAAGGUUGGUUUCAUUACCGAGGCUCAGCGACGUCGAGGCGGAACAUGUGCGACAGGUCAUCACCACGCUUCACGCGAAAAGAAACCAGACUGAAGGUGAUUCACUGGGGUUUACUAUAUCUCCUGCGGAGGUUGAGUCAAUGUGUACGGUGUCUAGCACGUUAGAUGAAUUUCUUGAGCUCUUAGGACCACGCCUCAACAGCAGUGAGAAGGGAAUAUAA